UAUGAUAUGUCUUGUGUUCAGGGUCCGCAAAUACUUUAUAUUCGUUUACUGAGGACAACAGACAUAUCACUACACAGGGAAAGCAAGAUACGAAGUAAAUAUAACGUUUGCCACUACGCAGACUUUCAUACAACAAGAUGUUGAACGAUGAGGUCGAUGAGCCCUGUGUAUGUCCCACUCCAGAAAAAGGUUUGCUUCCAGAGGACAUGUAUUGGGCUGCACGUAACGGAGAUACAGACAAGGUUAAAUCGUGGCUGGAAGGAGGAGGCGAUAUCAACGCAGCAGACCACGAAGGAGACACGAUGCUGCGAGGAGCGUGCCGUGGCGGCCAGAACGCUGUGCUUAUGAUACUCUUGAAGAACGAGGACCUGCAUCUGAACGUCAGGGACAGAGACGGACGAACACCCUUAAUGAAAGCUGCUAGAAGGGGGCAUGAAACGACAAUUCGCAUCAUGUGCGCUGCGAAGUUGAAGUGCAAGCUGAACUACACAGCGCAAGAUCACAAGGGAAAUACAGCCCAUUCGCUAGCUUUGCAGAAUGAAUUUAUACAAGUAUGUCGCUUUCUGUCACAAGAAUGCCAUAGAAUUCUUCCAGCGCAAGACACCGCAGUGGGAUCAGCUCUGCACAAGAAGAAGAAGAAGCACCAUGCCAAGAAUCAGGAAAAGAAAGAGAAGAACCAUAGUGAUGCUUUAAAUUUAGGCAGAGUGCGAAUUCAGAAUUCCUCAAGCGACGAAGCAGAAACGGAGGCAAUGCUGGAGAGCGCAAGUCCGCUAGCCCAGCCCAUGGAAUCAGGACAAGUCGCAGUUCGUGAAAAUGUUUACACCAGAACGUGCGACCGCCGUGGCCGUGUUUGCAUAUUUAACUUUAAGCAGUUUCCCUCAAGACAAGAUUUGCUUAGAAAAGGAUCAGAAUGUGACUUCAUCAACCUUGAAAAAUUGUUCACUGGUCUAGAGUAUGACGUUCAAGGUUACUGGAAUUUGGGUAAAGAUCAAACCUUAGAAACCCUUACACAGUUUGCCAAACACGAGCAAUUUAUAUUUGCAGAUUGUGCGAUCAUUAUCAUCAUGAGCCAUGGAGAGAAAGGAUCGAUUUUUAAGACCUCUGAUAUGCAAGAUAUAUCGGUUUCUACAGUUUGUAAUAUAUUCCUGGACAAAAAUUGUCCGCACCUGAAAGGAAAACCUAAGAUAUUCCUCUUCAAUUUUUGUCGGGGAAUAGAUCGACAUGAGUCAUCAAGCUUAUCAACAGACGCCAUUGCUGAACCACCCCGUGAUAUGUUGUGCGUUUAUUCCACAACAGAAUCUUUUGUCUCUUAUAGAGAUAUUGAAAGAGGGUGUCCGUUUGUCACUACAUUAUGCGAUGUUAUUGCUAAAUAUUCCUCUACACUGGAUUUAGAAGCUUUACUCAGGAAAUUUAAUGAAUUAUAUAUGCCCGAUGUUACACCAGAGAUACAAAACUUUAGAUUUCAAAAGAAGUUUUACUUUUGAAUGAUAAUGAUAACCCAUACUGUAAAUGAUACUUAUGAAUGCAACUUAGUGUAAUAUAAAUAUUUUUCUCACAUUUGAAUUCUGUUUGAAAGAUUUAUGAUACUUAUAAACAGCUAUUUUGAACAUCGCUGUUAUUCUGUUAGUAUUUGUUAAAGUUUGUUCAUAUAAUGUAUAAUCAUCCUGAACAAAUGUAGAUUGAAGGGAAAAUGUGAAAUCUUUUAAUAUGAAAAUGUCGCACUUUAAGACAGUAUGGACCAAGAUGUGUGUUCAGUAGCUCGGUGGGCUGAAACGCCUGAGUACAAAUGUUCGUGAGUUCGAGCCAGUCUGGUGCUGAUAGCGAGAAAGGGGCCCAACCAUUCCUAGUACACAGGAGGGUGGUAACCUAUUUGUAAGUCCAGACUUUGUGAUCCGACAUCUGUCUGCCUACUUAGUGUAUUGUAUUGUAUUUACUAACAUUUACUUUGGUAUACCAUAACAUUUCUUACUAAUUCUUUUAUCAUUUCGGUAAUUAGCAAUAGUUAUUAACACUUAUUAUAUAGUGUACAUUGGAUUGUUUUUAUAAUGCUAAUUACAAUGUAUCUUAUAUUCAUAUAAUCUCAUAUUUUCAAAGUUUUGCAGUGUUUUCUGUAGUAUUAAAGAAUUACAUUUAGGUCUAGUUUGCUUUGAUUCAACAUGCAAAGUUAGUUAGGGCUAGUGAUUAAUUAGAUCAAAGUUGUCAAAAGAAGAGGUGGGAAUUCUGCAAGGGUGUCCGUGGGUAAGGUAGGGAUUAGCAAAGGAGAAAAGGGGUUUAAAGGCGAUAAGAUCACAGGCAAAACAUCAGGAGGGAGAGAAUCUAGGAAAGUGGGUUGUGACAAAAGGUCAAGUAGAAGGGAUAAUGGGGAAGGAAGGGGGGAUGAUGCAGCUGAAGCAGAGGGGACAUCUAGUGUAGAGGAAAUAGGAGCAGAGAGGUUGGAGGAAGGAUGAGGUGUAGGCUUGUUAUCUUAGGUCAUGGUUAAAUAGUUUUGAAUAACUUGAGAGUUUCUGAAGUGGAGUUAGUUGGGGAGGUUUGAGAAACAAAAGUUUUCUUAUGAGGGGGAUAAGAGGGGACAGACGUUUGAGGGACAGCAGAGAAUGUGGAGGACAGGAUGUGGUAGGAAGAGAUGGGGUGAAACGUUUAGCUUAUCAGGUACAAUGAGUGCUUCCUGUCUAGUCUCGCUGUAAAGUGAGGGAAAAUUUGAAUUUGAGUCUUGCUACCUCUGACUCAAAUUUGUAGGUUGGGCAGCCCCUAUAAAAUAUAUGGGGCCACCACAAUUGGCACAUGUGUGUGACUGCAGAGUAGUUUGAUCAAUCAUGACCAGGUUGGGCACCCAGUGUGGCCUAGACGGAGCAGUGUGGCCUAGACGCCAACAAUUCUGACAUUGACAGGGGAGGCUGAUAUGUUUGGACAGGGAGGGACUCUCCACCAAAUAUAAACAUAAGGGGGGAGGUAAUGUUUACGGAAAGUAAUAUUGGCAAUAUUGAUGUAGGACUUACGUUGGCCUCUGGGAGGAAUAGUGUAGCACUGGACUGCUACUGCAUCAUAGUUGACGAGGUAUGCGAUCAAGUUGUUUUCGCAGUCUGACCAGUCCUUGUUGAGACAGGGCAAUCAGUCAGGGAGGUAGAAACAGUUCCUUUUCAAGUUUUCAGGGAGGAGUGAGAUUGGGCAGGAAUAGGUUUGCCAGUGAGGUCAGUCAGUGCACGAGCUUGGGAAGAGAAAGGUAUUGUCAGAGUAUGAGAUGUAGGGGGAAUCACAAAGAAUGGACCCCAUUAGGCUGGGCCAAAGAGGGUACUCAAAAGGUUUGCAGAGGUAGAAGCAGUUGAAAGACGAAAGCGGGAGGAAGAUGGGGUGGUAUGGAGAGAGAUGCUACUAUUAGGAGGAGGACCAUAAGGAUGAAAGUAGUAAUAAGGAGGGUGGGCUAGACAAUGUGCAAUAAGAGAUGGAGUGGAGGAUGUUGAGAGAGAGGAAGGGGUGUAUUCUGAAGGUUGAGGAAUGACCAGGGUGGAUGAUUCGGAAUGGAUAGAGUUGACCACAAACAUCGAGGGAGGGAUAUUAGUAUCAGUGGUUGGAGCCAUGGUCAAAGGAGAGGCAAGGGUUGGGAAAGCAAUGAAGUUGAUGAAGGGGCAAGCCCCUAAUAAGGAUAAAAAAUCUUCAUUAUUGGCCAUGGAGAGCCUGAAAUAAAUGGAAGAAGAAACAGUCUACCCCUCAUGGUCCCCCUGAUGGGUAAGGGCUAGGCAAUUAACCAAGGGAAUACCAUGCCCAUGGCUCCUAGAGGCUGUUCGUGACACACAAAACCAGCUUUUCAUCCUUUUAGCACCUUAGGAAGUGGGCAGGAGGAGAUGAAGAAGGGAAGGAAAAGGAAAAGAGAAGACCAUGUAAAAUUAGUUGAGGUGAGGGCUGAGGUCCACAGUAGGGGUGAUCCCCUACAGUGGGCCUCAGUCUCCAUCUCUCCAUCCCCACACACACACACACACACACAACACCAAGCAAGGGAUUAGGGGGGAGGGAUGGUGUAGCAAUGUAAUGAUACUGCAUCCUAGCUCACGAGGCAGGGAGUAGGUCUUCACCACAAUCUGACCAAUCCUUGUCGUAGAGAUGGAGACAGUUCUAGCACUGGGGCAAGAAUGAAGCUGGGCUGGGAUGGGUUUGCCAGUUAAGUCAGUUAGGGUUCAUUUGCUUUAGCUUUCGAUUAAUUGUGAUAAGGUAGGAAUGAUCAGCGGAAGGAAAUUUUGUCUACUUGUUUUUAGAGGCAGUGCUGGAAGAGGAGAUUUUUGUCGAUCCCAUAUAGCUGGGCUACAUAAAGUAUUCAAAAGAUUUGAAGAGGUGGGCGUAGUAGGACAGAGACGUAUGGAAGAGGGAGUAUAGUCUUGAGGGAGAGAGGUGGACAAUAAGGCUGCAGAGUAUUAAUAAGGGAGGAUGUGGUUAUAGAUAAAGAAACUGUGAGGGUGGAGGAAAUGAAGUAGAGGAUGUUGGGGGAAGAGGAAUGUUUUCUGGAUGUUGAGUAACUUACCUGGGUGGAUGAUUUGGAUUGGACUGAGGUGAUAGUAUGUAUUGAGGAAGGGGUAGUAGUAGCAGUGUUGAGUCAUGGUCAAAGGAGAGUCUGUGGUUGGGGAAUGGGGAGAAUUUAAAUCUGUGGGUCCAAGUCUUCAUUUCCUAAGGGAUGGGGGGGGGAUCUUUUCAAAAAAUUAACUGAAGGUAAAGUUUAACGGUUUUACUCUGUAAAAAAAAAUAUAUAUAUAUUGGUUUUCUAAAUAUCUGAUCAUAAAAGUAAUAUACAGGACUGAGAGUAUAAUAAAACUGGUAAUAGAAAUGGACCAUGAAGGCAAUACAUAACAUGAAAUAAAAUCUUAAAAUUUCUUUUGAGGCUGAGUCUUCAAGGAGAAAACAUUUUCCCCUUUACCCAGUAAGCAUUGAUCACUAGAAAAGUUUAUUAUUUAAACAAAUAUCAAAAUUAAAGAUUUAUUGGGAAGAAGAUGGACAUAAUUAUAUAAUUUCUUUUCCUCAAGAUCUAGUGACUGUAACUACACUAUAAUUAUUUACUUUAAUAAUAUAUUACAAGACUUCUGUUUAGGGAAAUGCAAAUCCUUACUCAAUACUCUGCUAAUAUAUACAUUAAAUAUUGCAUUUUCCAUAAUCACUACAAAUCAUAUGCAUGUACUGCAAUUAAUACUGUGAAAAAUCAAUACACAUAUUGAUUGGCAUUUCAUACACACUUGUAAUACAUAAAAUACAGAGCCACAGUGAGAAAAGAUUACUUGUAUUUAUAAAUUUUGCUUCUGGUAUUAAAGUACAGAAAAUACCAGAAGAGAUGCAAUCUUAAAAACCUGUUCAAAAUACUUGUCAAGUUGUUGUGUACAAACCAUUUUUUAUAGAAAAUAAACGUGUGCUUAUU